UGAUAAUAAAAUGUCUUUUAAGAAGUGGAAUAAAGUAAUACUUUUUGGCGAUUCUUUAACUCAGAGGUCUUUGGAGCCGUCGGAAGGCUGUUGGGGAUCACUAUUGGCGGACAGACUUCAGAGAAUAAGUGAUGUCAUUGUCCGCGGAUUUUCCGGUUAUAACAGUCGAUGGCUUCGAAUGAUUUCUCAUAAAAUCUUUGACAAUGACUUCAACGCCAAAGAGGUCUCGUGUUUGACAAUACUCUUGGGUUCAAACGAUUCGUGUGAAGCCGACUGUCCGGGUGGACAACACGUGCCGAUUGACGAGUUUGAGGACAAUUUAAGUGCAAUUAUUGGUCACUUGGAGUGCAUCGGUAUCCCGAGAGAGCGCAUCAUUUUGAUAUCUCCUCCCAAUUAUUAUCACCACAUGUUUGUGGAGUAUUGCAAACAGAAUGGGAAGAAUGAGCCGAAAAAAGACAACAAAACGAUUGUCAAAUAUGCUGAGGCCAUGGCACGAGUAGCUCAUAAAAGUGGCGUUGAAUUCAUUGAUUUAUAUAAACAUUUCUCUAAUCAACAAAAUUCAGAGCAAUUGUUUUGCGAUGGACUCCACUUCUCCCGAAAGGGAUCACAACUUGUGUUUGAAUUGAUUUGGCCGUCCGUUGAGAAGAGAGUUCAACUUCACAACCAAUGCUCACAACUGACCCCUAAUUUUCCAUUAUUUACAGACAUUGAUACUAAAUCUCCCGAAAAGUCUUUAUUGCCAUAA